AUGGCGGGCAGCAAGAGUCGUAACGUUGUAUUGGUCAGUGGUGAAGGUGAGAAGUUUACCGUAGAGCGCAAGAUCGCGGAGCGCUCUUUACUGCUAAAGAACUACCUGAAUGAUAUGCAUGACAGCCAGCUCCAGGAUGAUAGUUCUGAUGAGGAAGAAGACAAAGGCAAUAAGGGUGGUGAUGCUGAUGAGGACGAAGAUGACGAAGACGACGAAAUAGUAAUGCCAGUGCCCAACGUGAGAUCUUCAGUCUUGCAGAAAGUGAUCGAGUGGGCUGAACAUCAUAAGGACUCCAAUUUCCCUGAUGAAGAAGACGAUGACUCUAGGAAGUCUGCACCCAUGGAUUCCUGGGACCGGGAAUUUUUGAAGGUCGAUCAGGAAAUGCUUUACGAGAUUAUUCUGGCCGCUAACUACCUGAAUAUCAAACCGCUACUGGAUGCAGGGUGCAAGGUUGUGGCAGAGAUGAUCAGAGGCAGAUCCCCAGAAGAGAUCAGGAGAACUUUCAACAUUGUCAAUGAUUUCACUCCCGAGGAAGAAGCUGCGAUUAGACGGGAAAACGAAUGGGCCGAAGACAGAUGA